GGGAUAAGGGGAGCAGAGCCCCUCCAUCGAGCGAGAUCUUCCCUCCCCCUUCUCUUUGCACAGUGCACCUAUCCAAGUGAGGAGGAGAAGGAGAGGAUGGCUCAGAUUCUCCAGAUGGAGAUCCCCAAUUUUGGUAACAGCAUCCUGGAGUGCCUGAAUGAGCAGCGGUUGCAGGGCCUGUACUGUGAUGUCUCGGUGGUGGUGAAAGGCCAUGCUUUCAAGGCGCACCGGGCUGUGCUGGCUGCCAGCAGUUGCUACUUCCGGGACCUUUUCAACAACAGCAAGAGCACCGUGGUGGAGCUUCCUGCUGCUGUGCAACCUCAGUCCUUCCAGCAGAUCCUCAGCUUCUGCUACACUGGCCGCCUCAGCAUGAACGUAGGCGACCAGUUCCUGCUAAUGUACACGGCCGGGUUCCUACAGAUCCAGGAGAUUAUGGAGAAGGGGACUGAGUUCUUCCUGAAGGUCAGCUCGCCCAGCUGUGACUCCCAAGGCUUGCACGCUGAGGAGGCGCCUUCCUCAGAGCCACAGAGCCCUGUGGCACAGACGUCCACCUGGCCUUCCGGCAACACACCCCUGCCUCUGGUCUCUCGCGUAAAGACAGAACAGCAGGACUCAGACUCUGUCCAGUGCACAUUUGUGGUUAAGCGGCUCUGGGAAAGCAGCCAGAAAGAAGGAGGAGGGGGCGGCGGUGGCAGUAACGGAAGCCGCAAAAUGGCCAAGAUCUCCUCCCAGCAGGAGCUGAGUGGCGGUAACCGGCAGGCCCAGCAGCAGCAGCAGCAGGUCCAACAGCAGCAACAGGCCCAGCAGCAGGGGGCACUAACGGGAGGCAGUGGAGGGGCAGGCGUGGUCAGCGGCCCUAGUACUUCAGACCAGACAAGCCCUGGCACCUCCAGUGCCUACACCAGUGACAGCCCCAGUUCCUACCACAACGAGGAAGAUGAAGAGGAAGACGCUCCGGAGGAGGGCUCCGACGAGCAGUACCGGCAGAUCUGCAACAUGUACACUAUGUACAGCAUGAUGAAUGUAGGGCAGACGGCAGAGAAAGUGGAAGCACUGCCAGACCAGGUGCAAUCAGAGUCUCGCAACCGGAUACGGGUGCGGCAAGACCUGGCUUCGCUGCCUGCUGAGCUUAUCAACCAGAUUGGGAACCGGUGCCAUCCCAAGCUGUAUGACGAGGGGGACCCAGCUGAGAAGCUGGAACUUGUGACAGGUACCAACGUGUACAUCACUCGGGCACAGCUGAUGAAUUGCCAUGUCAGUGCUGGCACACGGCACAAAGUGCUUCUCAGACGGCUUCUAGCAUCCUUCUUUGACCGGAAUACCCUUGCUAACAGUUGUGGCACUGGAAUCCGCUCCUCCACCAAUGACCCCAGCCGGAAACCCCUCGACAGCCGGGUGCUGCAUGCUGUGAAGUUUUAUUGCCAGAACUUUGCCCCCAACUUCAAGGAGAGCGAGAUGAAUGCUAUUGCUGCUGACAUGUGCACAAACGCCCGGCGCGUUGUACGCAAGAGCUGGAUCCCCAAACUGAAACUACUGAUGGCCGAGGGCGACACCUACACAACCUUCAUCAACGACACUGGCAAGAUGGAGCCAGACAUCAUGGGCGUGGAGCACAGCUUCGAGACAGGCAGCCAUGACGGCGAUGCAGGCACCUCCACUGAGGGCCUCCAGUAAAAUGUGCCCGCCUCUCUUUUUCCAGUCGAUGAUUUUUAUUUCCUAAUUUGGGUUUUUUUUUUUUUUUUUUUUUGGUAGAAUCGUUUUCCACCUUUUUUUUUUUCAUUUCCUUUUUUUGUUGUUGUCGGUUUUGUUUCGUUUCGGCAGAGGGAAAGAAAGCGUUUUGCCGUCUCUUUUUUUUUUUUUUUUUUUUAAAGAAACCUCCUUAAACAUGGGCCUUGCUUCCUCAGGCACCACAGCUAGUUAUGAGCUCAGAGGGGAGUCCUGCUGCUGCAUUGGCAGUUCUGGCUGGCAUUUCCCUCCACCCCCCACCCCCCCACCCCCCCACAUUCCCUCUGACCUUGUUGUGCUAUUAAUUGUUUUUAGAUUUAUAUUUUAGUAGAUUUUUUUUAACAAACCAAAUCCAUUUCCAAAUGGAGGCCAUGAUCCAGGGAAGUCUUACCCCAGAGCACUGCCUCUUCCUUCAUCAGAUCUGGUUCUCCCCAGGCAGAGCUCUAACUUGGACGGAACAUCAUCCAGUCUUUCCUCAGGUCCAGACCAGAGAGUGAAAAAAAUCCUCGUGCCAUGAUAAAUGCAGACUGGGAAGGACCUGAACCCAGGGCUGCUGUCAUGUCAUUCUCCCCCUUCUCAGUUCCUCUCCUGCCCCCUCCGAUCUUCUUUAGGGUACGCUCAGGUCUUGCCCAGCAAGGCAAUUAAUUCCUCUCCCGCUGUUCUCAGUAUCCUCCUGUACACACGCACCCCCUCGGCUUUCCAGGCCCUCUGAACCAAUGCACUUGCCCCACACCACGGCAGCCCUUUCUUUUAGACCACCCUGGCCUACUAAUGUGAUCCCCUCUAGGCCCAACCUGCAUGCCAGAGCAGCCCUCGCGUAUUUUAAGUGGUAUAGAAGCAGCGAAGGAACAAUGAGUAUCCCUCUGUAAUCUUUACACGGAGCAGAGAUGCACGACUCACAUGCUUGAACGCUGCUGGGACGCCUCCUGUUUCUUUGAGGCCUAGCCACCGCUCUCAAGUGGGUGGAUGUCACAUGGGGUGGAAUUCACACACCGUUCCAUUGUCAGCCACUUCAGCCCGUUUACACAAGUGCAGCGUAUGCCGGGACCUGGAAGCGUUGCCACCUUUGUCUGCCUCCCUCUGCUGUCCUAGCCUGGAAUUGUUCCUAGAGCUUGGCUCCUUCGUCCUGCUGGCUAAAGGAUCAGUCCCUUCCAGGCUGUGCUUGUGGAUGUGGGUGGAACAAACGGCAGUGCUGCUGGUUUACACCCCUUUCUGCCACUCCAGCUAGGUUGCCACAAGCAAGGGUCGUGACGCUUGGGAAGGAGGUUUUGAAGGCAAGGGCAAAGCCAAGGGAGAAAGCAUCGCCUCUGUGCCCCUAGGAGUGCCCCAAGCUCCCCAGCAUGUGAGGAGGUUUCAGGACAGGACUUCAGACCAAGGGAAGAGGGUUUAGCCUGUUGGAUUCUAAGGCCAGUGUCUUCUGUCACGUGAUUGAAACUUUGGCCGAGCUUCUCUCCCCAACAAUAGGUAGCUAAUCAAACCAUAAAAUUGCACCCUUGCCUUCCCCCACGUCUUGCCAGUCUCACAUCCAUGAUGCUUUGGAGUGGUGUUUGAUCCAGAGUAUCAAACUCCUGUACUUGGUUUCAUAGGUUUUGGCUCCAUCUUGAGAGGGGAAAUAAGUGAGGCACAGCAGAAAUAUUUGGAUUGACAGGGUGACGUGACUAUAGUAAUGCUCCUCUCCCUCUUUUUGCGUUUGUUUGUACAGUUCAAGAUAAAACUCGUAGUCACAUUGGGGGAAUCUCUCUCCUGACUGGAAAUCUUUGAAUACAGAACUGGCCAUGUUCAUUGUUAACGCUAAACGCUUCUUUAGAUUUCCUUUGAGCAAAUUGAGCUGUCGGCCUAAAUCGUGGUAGGAGACAGUGGGUGGCAAGCUUUUUAAUGAAUUAGAAACAUUUUUAACAAUGGAAACCCUUGUGCUUGACUCUGUGGGAAUAAAUUUCAGAGCAUCGGUAGGAAAAAAGAUGGCAAAUACCGUGGCACCUUAAAGACCAACUAUUUUAUGAUUUCAAGUCAGGUUGUUAAUCACUGUCAAGAGUGUCUUGUGUAGAUGCCUCAGUUAAUCGAAGCAAACCUGACCCGGAUAAAUCCUCCUUUCUCCAAAGGAGGAUUGCCAAUUGCCAAUUAGGCCUCUGUUUGUAAAGGCAAGUGACUCUUAAGGAGGCCUGGCUAUCUGUUGUGAUGUAACCUUUUUAUAUGUUUUUAAUAAACUGUUACAGCAGAUAAGGCCAAACAUUUUAUUUAAAAGAAUAUAUGAAUACGGUUAGUCUGUGUUUAUCAAAGGGAGACUACUUUCACUUGCCUCACUUGUUCAUUCAUUUUUUGUGAUGGAGGAGGAACGAUUCUUGUAGUGGCUGCUUCAUUUCUUAGUACAAAUUUAUAUUUACUUCUUAACGAAUGUUCCUUAUUUUCCUGAGCUCUGGAGAAAACACGUGUGAUAUGAAGAAUGCAAUCCUACGCGUGCUUAGCUGGCAGUGAGUCUGAAGGAACUCAGUGGGACUUGCUUCCAAAUAGACAUGUGUGGGAUUGGGCUGCUAGAAUACAUUUUGGGUCUCAGUGUGUUAGUCUGAACUUGACAUAAUGACCACCCAACCACCAUCUGCAUGAAUGCACCGGUAUUGCCAAAGAAGGCAGUGUUAUCUGAUUUUAGGGACCCCCAGUGGGGAUUAUUUUCUUUACCUUAAGAUGACACAUACCUGUUUUCCAUGACCUGUAACAUUCGGUGCGUUGUUUCAUCCUAAAAGAGUUGGUUUCUCCUCCAGGGCAUGCGGUUUGUUUACUUUUGUCUGGACAGUUGGUCCUCUUCCAUUGUUUUUAAAUAAUUCUUUAGAUACUAAAAGCCAUAGUAUCCUUUUCCCGCCACUUGGGGGAGACAAAGAUAGAUACAUGGACUGUAUUCAAAGAAGUAUAAAUGAGUACACAUUUUGCAGAGAGGGCUUAGCUGAGACUGUGAGCUCAAGCAAACUAUGCUGGAUCCAGAGCACCCUGAUUUGCGGUGUGCUGGUCCGGGGUGUUGCGUUUGCUGUGAAAUGUUUUUACAAAUAAGGCUGGUAAGCAUCUGAAAUUAUUAAGCAAUUGAAAUCAAUCUGUGUUACAAACCUAAGCCAGCUUUAUACUGGUUUCAUUGUUGACUUCCCCAAGGAAUCCUGGAGAUUCUAAUUUUGUGAAUUUACUGGGGGGAAAUACUGAAAAAUUUCCUCAGUCUUUCCUCGAAUUAGAGUACCAGUGACUCCAUUGGUGGAAACCCACGAUGAGCUGGGUUAAUUUUGUAACGUUGUCAUACCUUGGCUAUUGACUACGUCAGCAUUUGCACUACACCUGGAGAAAUGGAUAACAAUUUGUCUAAGAUCUGAUAACUGCAGUGUUGACAUGGACACAAUUUCAGACUUAACAUUGUUUGCACUUUCUUCCAGGCCACAUUGUUUUCCUUUCCCACAAGCUCCGUUUAUGCAAGAAAGGGUUUUUCUAUCACCCGGUCAGUGGUGUGCCCUGUUUUUGUGUUCUGCGUAUGGUCAUUUCUGUUGUUAAACCCAUUCACUUCACCCUUGAUUUGUAUUUUUCCCCAAAGAAGUUGGAAGUGAUUGAAAAGUGAAAUUUGUUAAAAAAUUAUAGACCUUUACUAGAAACCCAAUAAGAGUAUGUGUAUAGUUAAUUAUUGACAUAUGCUGAGUAAUCUUUAGUCAUACUCCAUUAAGGAAAGGCCUGGCUUUAAAAAAGAAAGCAGUGAAGUGUGUUUGUGUAGGAGCAGGGAUUGACCUUGUUCAAGUUAUAGAGAAUAUGAGCAUUGAUCAGAAGGAAAACAUUGAUUUGAAUGCAAGGCAUUUGUCACCCUGAAACAGUAAAAGAGACCCACAUGUGUACGUGUGAUGUACAUCACAGUGCUCAUGUCUAUCAUGUUGAACUGGUUGGGUGAGUGUUCUGUUAAAAACAGGGAUAUGCAUCUGGGGUCACCGUUCGUUAUGAGGGUGAUUAGUUGAAUACGGCCACAAUUGCACGUGGCCCAAGUCCCUCCCUUCCCCAAUGCUGUACCCAUGCCUAAGUUAUUCCUUCAUGUGCCUAACAGCCCUGGCUCUGCACUGGCUGGCUGCUGCACACACACACACACACAGAGGAGUCAACAAUUAUGGUCACCCCCUUCCCCACAGUACCCAUGGAUUUAAUUCUGGCAAGAUGUAGCUGUAGUAAUUUGCUCUUAAAGCACCCCAAAAACCCCAUUGGCAGUGUUUCCCUUAUUGAACCUGUUGUCAUACCAGCCUCUGCUGCUGAGCUGCUAAUCCUGACAGGCCCUCAAUACUCAUACUGACUGAACGGGAUCUAGCUCCGCCAUUUUAAAAUUAUUUUCCGGUGGGCCCGUUUCUGCUGCUCUCCCUGGUUGUGCAUCCUAGUAGGGUCCACCUCCCUCACCUAGCUAGUUACUGUGAAAUUUUCAGUGGUAAACGUAAGGGAACGAAAGGGGUUAGAACGCCUUAACCUUCCCCCUCCUUGCAUACGCCUCUCUCCGCCACCUUCUCCUCUAGACCAACCUGGCCAGAAUCACUCUUUGUCAUCCACCCUGACUGCUGGGGCCCUCCCUUAUUUGACCCAGCAGGCUCCAGCAAAUUGAGCUAGAUCUUUUUCCCUCACAGCAGCAGCAAAAGACUGCCUUGAGGGGAUAAUUUGAUCGUAUAAAAGCAGAGCAAGCCCCUAAAUCUUUCACAGCAAAUUUUGUUUGCCUUUUAAUGUAAAAGUCAUUGCUUGGGUUUAAAAUGUUCUAAAGCUCUGGGAAUUUGAAAAUCUUAGCUCUGGAAUGACUGUUGCAUUAGAAAUUCUUCUUCCCAAUGUUUCCUUCUGAAAGAGUAGAUCAUAGCCAAUCAUCCUUUUGAAAGGUUUUCAAUUUCCAACUACAGUAUUUUGAUGCAUUUUAAAGGUGUGUGCCUAGA